UUGAGGCAGGAGUACAGGAGGCAGCAGGCAGCUGCCGAGGAGCGAGCUGGGAGUCGACUCCAGCCUCCUCUCCAGCAAAUAGUGCCUCCUGUACGAUGGAAACUAAACGCUCUCACAGCAGAGGGGAUGGAGGGCAGAGCUGCCGGGCAUGCAGGUCUGCAGGGGUCAUGAGGGUGACAGAGGCCCGGCUCGCUGUGCAGAGCAGCUGAAGCAGGCAUGGGCAAAGAAAUCUUGGAUGGCAUCGGUUGGCUCAGCCUCUUUGACGUCACCAGCCACAACCACCUCUGGCUACGCAACAAGUCCUCUGUAUUUGCCAGCAUCUCCCAGUAAGACUUUGCAAUGAGAAUGUCCGAUAUCGCGGACGCUGAAACAAUGAAGGUUUCCGAGGCUGCCGACUCAGUGUCACCUGCGAAAGACAACGCCACCAAGUGUGAGGUCGCUGACCAGAGCCAGGGCAGCAGAGACGAACACGGCAGCAACAAUAAAAAGGAUGUACAGCCUGCGAAGUACUCCAAGUCCAACACCAGGCUAAAGCUCGUGCGGAGCCUGGCCGUGUGCGAAGAAUCCUUCCCUUGCCCUAUUCCUGAGCCUUCAGAAGCACCUCAGGAUGGAUUCCCUCCCCCACCCUUUGAAAACGAAGAACGCGGUGCAAAGGAUCAAGCUGAGAAAGAGGGCGGCUCUGCCAAGCUGGAUAAACCAGAGAAAGCACCGAAGAAAAUGCUGUCGAGAGAUUCCAGUCAAGACUACACAGAUUCAACUGGCAUAGACCUCCACGAGUUCCUGGUCAACACACUGAAGGGCAAUCCCAGGGAUCGAAUUAUGCUGCUGAAGUUGGAGCAGGACAUCUUGGAUUUUAUCAGCAAUAACGAAAGCCAAAAGAGGAAAUUCCCCCCUAUGACGUCCUACCAUAGGAUGCUGUUACACCGUGUGGCGGCCUACUUCGGCAUGGACCACAAUGUGGACCCCAGUGGGAAGUCAGUGGUCAUCAACAAGACCACCAACACCAGAAUACCCGAUCAGAAAUUCUCAGAGCACAUCAAGGAUGACAGGGCGGACGAUUUUCAGAAACGCUACAUUCUCAAACGAGACAACUCCAGCUUUGAUCGCGAAGACAGCACGAUCCGAAUGCGUUUGAAAGCUGACAAGAGGAGCAAAUCGAUGGAGGAGAGGGAGGAGGAGUACCAGCGAGCCAGAGAAAGGAUUUUUGCACAUGAUGGAGAACACUUCAUCCUAGAUAGAAGUAUGCAGCAUGGAGACGCAUGCAUGAGCACUCAACAGAGGCGACAAAUGUUCAGGUUAAGAGCCGGACAGUCUGGCGCCAGCCGGCAGAGCAGCUCGGAGACGGAAACACUGCCACGACACGGCGAGCCCCGGCCGUGGAGCAGCACUGACAGCUCAGACAGCUCCAACCGGCUCGCCCCACGGCCCGCCAUCACCAAGGCCAGCAGCUUCAGCGGCAUCUCCCCCGGCCUCAUUCGAGGGGACAGCACGGCCAGCAGCAAGAGCACCGGGAGGCUGUCUAAAACAGGUUCGGAAUCAUGCAGCAGCGUCGGGUCCUCGUCCAGCUCCCUGUCCCGCCCUCAGCUGCCUCUCUCAGUUUCAGCAUCUUCCCGCCCUAAUAUCGCCAGCGCACCUUUAAUCCACCCUGACACCAGAGGCCCUGCACACCCUGACAUGACCAAGGGUGUCCCUCCUCAGCCGCCAGCAUCAGGACCCAACACAACCAACUUUUACGUGUUGCCUCUUGAAGCCUCAGGGAUUCCACCCGGCAGCGUUCUGGUCAAUCCACACACAGGCAAGCCUUUCAUCCAUCCUGAUGGCAGCGCAGUAGUUUAUAACCCGGCCGCUGGCAGGAUCCCACAGCAGGGGAAAACUCCACCGCAGCCAAUCCCUGCUGCUUCACAGCAACAGCCAACCAAUCACCUCCACUCCCAGCCGAUCUGUCCUCCUCUUCAGCCGUCCUCUGAGCCUGUCCACAACCCAACGGUUUCUUAUCCUCUUCCUCCUCCUCCUCUUCCUCCUCCUCAGUUCCUGCCCAUCUAUUCUAACCAACAAUACACAGUGCCUGAAGUCCUCAACGCGCCGUUCAGUCACAUGACUCUGUCGCAGCAGCCGCCCAGUGACAGCGGAUCUUCAGCUCCAGACGGCCGCCACUAUGCCUCCAUGUACAACCACCAUCAGUCCCCUGUGGUCCUGCAAGGCGUUCCUCAGCAGCAGCAGGUCACCAGCUAUGUGGUGGCGGGGUCAUCGGGGGGGCACCCGGGGGUGCUGCAGGGUCAGCACGUCCCGCUGCCGACCCCAAAUCACUCGUAUCCCGGCUCUAACGCGGGAGCCGCGGCCUUUCCCGGAGCCCAGCCGCUCCUCCAGCAGCACGCCUACAUCCAGCAGCCUGUCCAGCAGAUGUCCACGUGUUACUGCUCCUCGGCCCACCACCCACACUGCUCCGCCCAGCAGCAGCAGUACCGACCCCCCGUCAACCCAGUGCCCUAUAACUGCCCUCAGAGCCAAAGCCUGCCCCAGCAACAAGUGCACCAAGCUGUGAUGCCAAACCCAGCGUCCAGCUACCAGACCGUAGUGGGCAUGCAGCCAACAUCCAGCCUCGCUCUCACUGGCAACCAGCAAAGCAAUAUGGCCAACCAGAUGCAAGGCAUGAUGGUCCAGUACCCCCCUGUGCAGUCGUAUCAGCAGGUUUCUGUGCCACAGCAGACCUACCAGCAGCCGGUGUUCGUGUCCUGCCAGCCAGGACAGGGACCGGUGGCUGUAGCUGGCAUGCAGCCCUGCUACAGCCUGCUCCCCCCUAACCAGCACACCACCAUGAGUUCUACAGUAAGUUUCCUGCCCGCCCCGAUGAUGGAGCAGCUCCAGUUUCCUCAGGCUUCAUCUCCCUGCGUCUCCCAGCAACAUCCAGGCCAACAGUGUGCAGGAUUGUUGCCCCCGGCACCCGGCGGCGGUAUGGUGAUGCUGCAGAUGACGGCGCACCCCUGCCAGCAGCCCCGAGCGCCCUCCCCCUGCCAGAGGAAGCAGCCCGGCCACAAACACUCGGCCCCCGAGCACCAGCGCAGCCGCCGGCCCGCCGAGCUCCCCCCACCUCUGAAUAACACGCAGAGCAGCCUGCCUUCGUCUCCGGCGCUUACUCCCUCGCCGUGCCAGCCGCCCAGCGUCAAGGGCCUCCCGGCAGGCAUCUCACCCAUGCCUGUCCUGUCCCACCACCCACAGCUCCCUACAGCCUUCUGCCACAGUGGACAAGGUGAAGCACACUACUCUCUACUGGGCCAGCCUCUGCAGUACAAACCCUCCAUCAGACCUCCGCUGAUCCACACUGCACACAUGGUAGCCAAACACCAGGGUCCUCUGGGAGUUCUGCGUGGCAAUCACGGGAGGAAGACCAGCAGAAAACCUUUGUCUUCAGAUCUCAGUGUAGGUGAUGCAGUGAUUCUGGAAACAACACAUCCUCCUCCAGAGGGGAUCAGCUGCACAGACUCCCACCAGCCCCUGGCAGAGCUCUGCAAACGGAGCGAAUCGAUCCAGCCCCAGUCGAGCAACACGAACAGAGACGCUCCCAGUGGACACCUGGCCUCAUCACACCCCACCUUUGCCACACUCCCCUCCAGACAGACCACCAACAGCAGGCCCAGAGCCCCCUCUAAACCCAGAACUAGCACCAGACACAACGGAGAGCUGUGCGACUGACAAAAACAGCUCCUAGCUGCUACGAUCUGGAUCUGGAAACGCACACCCCCCCACCACCUGCCUCUGCUGCCUCAGUCUGGAUUUUGUCCAAAUCAAAGCAUCAAAUGUUUGAAGAAUGAAUGUUCACUUUUAUUUAGUUCUGGUUUAUCUUUUUUUCAUUUUUUUUCUGGUCAGCAGGUCCGUGCACCAACUCAUCUUCGGGGUUUAUUCACUUUCAAAACCUGCAGUUGCCUCUAAGUUAAGCGUUCAUAUCAAUGCAAUGUUUUUGUGUCUCUUAACUUUCACCAUGAAGACCAUCAGCUGGGUCACAGACUCAUCCAACUGGGUAGCGUUUAUCUCAUAUGGGUCUCCUCAUACGACAUGCUGCAGUCGAACUUGUACAAUGUGAGUGUGUACGAUAAGAAACACUGAAUAAUGGAUAUACUACCUGAAUUAUUUAAAGUCACCGUUAAACACAGUGAAUGUUGCAUUUGCACUGAAAAGAUCAAGAUGGAGUUUUGACUGGUAUCAGACAGGGCCUGAACUUUUUUUUCUUCUUCUUUUAUUAACCCCUCAUACCUGUUUGUUGCACUUGACCAGGCCACUUUGUUUUAUAUAAUAAAUUAAAAUGUUUAUAUGCACAAGAAAAUGCAAACGAGUCUGUCAGUUUUGGUUUGGUUUGUCUGGACUUCUGUGUGAAUGGUGUGGUUCUUUUUUAUGUGUUUUGGUUGAUAAUAAAUGUUUGCACCACA